AUGACAACCCGUAGCCGUGUCAUUCUCAUCCUACUCGGUUUCUUGUUCUGCUUCCUCCACCUUGAUGCCUCUAUCGCAUUGCAYGGCACUGAGACUGAUUCCAACCUUCGAUCGGCUGACCCACACAAUCAGAUUUUAGAUAACGGCAUCACACCGCUUGAUCCAAAUAACCCUGAAGUGGUAGCGAAUGCAAAGUUUGCAGUGGAAAAGCACAAUGAAGAUAAGAAAGAACACUUAGUGUUUGUGAAAGUGGUGAGAGCUGAGAGUAAAUCGAUUGCAGGAAUAACUUACAACCUCAUAUUCGCAGCAAAAAAUGGCUCUGCACAAAAUUUAUAUCACGCUUUCGUUGUUAUUGACUAUGUCGGUCAGAAGCAACUUUUUUCAUUUGAUAGAGUAAUGUAA